AUGGAAUUAUUAUUAUUUAACCGCCAAGAAUACGAACGUCUUUAUAAUUGUACUAAUCUCGUAAUUGAUUCAAUUCCAAUAGAAAAACGUCGUUUAACACUAUUAGCAUUAAUUAAUUUAAUUUUGGGACUAAUAUAUUUUCUGCUUUAUUUGCCCUGUUUGUUUUCUAUUUGGAAACAGCAUUGGAAAAAUGAUUGUUAUACAAUUCUUUUGUUUAUUGGAAUUGUGGAUAUAGUUGGAUUGAUUAUUACCGGCUUUUUACACCCAAUACUUGCACUACUUGGGGCUGUUUUUUGUUCAUAUCCAACACUUAUAUUUAUUGCUGGGGGAGUUUUGGCAUUCAAUCGUUGCUUACAAGUUAUUUCCAACUCAAUUUCUUUGUAUCUUUUUGAAGGAAUAAAAACUUAUUUUUGGUUAUUAAUCUCGUUUUUGUACGCUCUUUUUUGUUUUUGUUUUUUGAGACCUGUACUUUUUUCUGGAAUUUAUUUUUCUUGGUUUUAUUAUCCGUUUGUUGGCUAUAAAGAGGAUAUUAAUGGAGAAUUUAAUACUCAAUUACAAUUUUACCAUAAUUUAACUGUGGGAAUUACUUUACCAACAAUUUAUUUAAUUUUUGCUGUUGGAUUAAUUAUUAAAAACCAAAAAUAUAAACAAAUUGCUAAUGCACAAGUUUUUUCAAUUAGCCAUGCGGAGAAAUUAGUAAGUUGUGGUAAAUGCCUAGAGUUGACUCCCCUAUCUGUCCGCAAAUGA